AUGUGUGGAUUUCAAGGUGAAGUUAAAUUCCAAUUAACCUAUUCAUCAGGUGGCGCUAUUGAUGCUAGUAAAGCAUUACGUGAGGUUAAUUCAAUUUUUCAUCGACAAAAUCAAGCAGCACCACCUUCUUAUGGAAUGGCUGCAGCUAAUCUUUAUGAACCACCACCACCAUCCUAUCAAGCAGCACAAACAUCAAAUAAUACUUUUGCAGAAACAAAUAUGUAUGUAUCAGCAGCCCAAGCACCCUAUGAAGGAGUUUAUCAACGACAACCAACAGGUCUUCCAAAAGCAGAAUUUAUUCCACAAUAUCCUGAAAUGCCAUCAGCUCCUCCAGCAUCAAUGAAUAAUUCUAAUAUGUAUCCACAAAUACCAAAUGGAUAUCAAGCACCAGCACAAUAUCCACCUCAAUCGGCUUUUGUCAAUAAUAAUUAUGGUCAUCAAAUGUAUGUUCCACAAACAAAUCCGCAACAAUAUCCUCCAAUGCCACCAUCGUAUGAACAAUCGCAAGAAACUCUUCAACAGAAAAAACGCGACUAA